UUCUUGCGUGCAGUUGUUUGAAUGUGAUUACUGUUUUCCUUUUUCCUACUGAAAAACUUUGUGACUGUUUUAUUCAUUUAAUUUCUACAUCUAGUUUCCAUCAAACAGCUCUGAAAUGGAUACAGUGUGGUAUCCAGACGACGGGUUCACUGUUGCAGGAGAUACUGUACUGACAACCGCAAAUAUGCGAAAUCGCAUUCAAGCAGCAGGGCUCCCGCAGCCGUUCACUGUCAUCUGUCUUUCUCUCCGGAUUGUGAAGCAGUAUUGCCCGACAUUAUUCCGUGGAUGCCUGGCGGAGGAGACGUCCUUCACCUUGAUGAAGGAGAAAAGCAUCAGUCGCAUCGAUCUGCUGGGACUGCAGAUUCUGGCGGAUAUUUAUGGUUAUAGCGAAGAGUACCUCAUCCCACCGGACGCAUUCGAGGAGUUAGGAUAUAAGAUCAUCCGCAAUAUGGGAUGCAAGGCAGUAUGCGACUUCGCUUCGUUUGUUGCGCGGAAUAAUGGGAAUCCUGGAAAAAUAUGCGAUAUCGCAUUGAAUCCUUGCGCUGAGAAAUCAGAAGCGGCAUCGCAGGGUUGCUCGGAAUACCUAACUCAAUGGUUUGCCACACUUCUGGCGGCGGGAAAGAUGUCCAUCAUUGGACCGAUGUUUCGGAUGGGCGGAGUGCCUGGAACGGUCAAGGUUGCUGGGGACGCCCUGUCCUAUCAUUUGGAACCAGAGAGCUGGAACUACCGGAUGUUUAUUCCAAAUGGGGGCGGAAUUGACUUGUCCGAUGUUGAUCGGGCCCGGAAAAUUGUCCAUCGCUAUGCUAGGGCGCAGCGCAGUUUUUCUAACGUCGCUACUGAGAAGCGUUAUCGCUGCCCCUUCUACUACAAGGUGGCUCGCAAUCAGCAUCCGGGAAAUUAUCGUGGCGACAGUGAUCGGGGAUACUGCGACACGAUGUUUUCUGUAGACGGCCUGAAUCAACACCUGAUUGAUGAGCAUUUGGCUGUAGAGAACCUGUUUGAUGACUGCGUGGACUGCGGCCAGCUGUGGAUUAUACGUGGUGCUACGGCAUGUGAUGAACAGUGCUAUUUGGCCGAUCCCUCCAUCAACUGCUUCAAAGCAAAUCGCGUUCAUUUCGCUAAUCGAAAGAAGCCGUCUGUUAACUUUCCGCAAGGUAUUCGCGGAGUGCGGCUGGGUUUGAGCGCUACUUCGCUUAAUGUGCUGCACGGAUGGCGCAAUGAGUACAUGCGCUCUGGGAUUAAAGUGUAUGGAUCCGGCAACAACUUUGUUUUGACUUUUGUUGUCGCUCGCGCCUAAGCGAUCUCGCGUUUCCUCGCAGCUUUUAAUGCUGAUAGAGUAACGGGGAUCUUCUUUUGACUUUUGACGAUUAAGCGAUGUCGCUUCGUUGUUGUGAACUGAAAUGAAGAUCUCCAUAUUGAUUUGUUUUGUACUAGUAUAUUGAGCAACUUUGUAGUCAUCUGAAAAGUGACUUUCCUGAAAGGAUCUUAUGUUAGUUGUUAGACUUGCAGUCUUGCAUGUCAUGGGCAUGCUGAAAUGCAUUCUUUUAUAUUGCUCUUAUGGAAUU